AUGCAGAUUCAUUUACAAAAGAAGAUUUUGAUGAAAAUGAUGAUAAUGACAAGAAGGCAGAAGAAAAUUUUGAGGAGGUUAAAGAAAUACAUGACAUUUCAUCUAAACUGGCAAUGCAAAUAAACCAAAUGCAAUAUUGCUAUGAACCAACUCAAGCCGAUGUAUCUGUAUUCAAAAAACUUGCCCAUAAGGUUCCCGACCAUGUAAAGUUCCCACAUGUCGUACGAUGGUACAAUCAUAUUGUUUCCUACUCUGAAGAAUUCACCUCGCUACCUGGUGAGGAAAAAAAGGAUGACGAUGAUGACGAUGUUGAUUUGUUCGGUUCUGAAGAUGAGGAACCAGAUCCAGAAGAAGAACGACGUAAAGCUGAACUUCUAGAGGCGUAUCACAAGAAAAAGGCAGCUAAACCAAAGGUUAUUGCUAAAAGUAUGGUUUGUUUAGAUGUCAAACCUUGGGAAGAUACUACUGAUUUGGUUAAAAUGGAAAACCUUGUGAGGGAGAUCUCUAUGGAUGGGCUCGUGUGGGGUGCUUCCAAACUGAUUCCCAUUGGCUAUGGCAUCAAAAAGUUACAAAUUUCGUGUGUAGUUGAAGAUGACAAAGUUGGCAUUGAUGAUUUAGAAGAACAAAUCACUGCAUUUGAAGAUCACGUUCAAAGCGUUGAUGUAGUUUCCUUCAACAAGUUGUAA